UACCGAGGCUGUGUCUCUCAUUCAGGUUUCCAGUAUCUCGCACCACUGGGUACACAGGAGUUAACCCUAUAAUUCUCACUCUAAUCAUGUUUUGAUGCUGGGCCACCUUAUAUUGAGCCUCGGUCUCUGUAAACACUCAUUACUCUGGGGUUAACCCCUUGGGGUCCAGGCCGUUUUUCACCAUAGCACCAGAGCAUUCCUUGGUAUAUCUGAUCACAGUCUCCUUAAACGUCCAUAUCUCUGCUUACAGGCACUCAUAUGUCAUCUUACAUUAGCACAAUCCAUGUCCUGCCAUACAUACAAGUGGCCACGGCAUUUUUCUUUUCAUCCCCUGUCUUGCACAUAUGAUGUCGCUUCCAGCCAUCGCAUACCAGUUUUCUCUACGCUCCACAGGGGAUUUCUUCAUCAUUUCCAUUUUAACUUCUCACUAUAAUCAAGCAUUUGUUACGCAUCAAGGUUGAUAGCUCGUGAUCUUUUGUCUCAUUAGGUCCAUUCCAUACAUCUCUCAGCAGCACACCAGGCUCAUCAGCUAGUUGGGUAGGUCAGGUUCAUAUCAUAUUUUUGUCUUGAUUUGGUGGUCCACUGACUGGUUGCUCAUGUGUUCACAGGUUAAGUUAAUUGUCAACUACUUCCCUGACCUAAGGGUCCUCUUAUGUUACGGUGGUCCAUUUCCCAUCAUCUGCAUUGGUAGAUUUGUCUGGAAGCCUAUAUAUGGACAUACGUUACUGGUCUUGUUUCAGCGGAUUUCUGGUCAUAUUCUGGUUCAGGGUUUGAAUCUUGUCGAGUAUUUCUGCUUCAGUCGCCGAUCUAGUUGACUCCAUUCAUUUCUCGACACCAUUCAGCGGGUAGGUAACUAGAUUUCUUUUCAAGUCUCUUGGCGUGGUACUAACUCUGUGUUUUAUUUAGUUCCGUGGCCUUCUACGUCAUUUUUGUAUCCUUUCUAAAGUUCAUCUUUUGGUUAGCAAGGACAUAAGGUGCGUCAAUCUCAGGGUAAGGUAUGGUUCAGGACACGGUUGGUCGUUCAGGUUAAUAAGGCAUGUAAUAUCUCCUUGUACGUUGAGACAAGACCUCCACUCGGGUAAGAGUUGUACUUCAUUAUCCAAGUAAUCACCUCAUGAACCUGACACGUCUUCGAGUUGUGAUUACUUGCAUUUUUCGGUGCACCUCUUUUUCACUUUAUAGUCACGUAAUCAGAACUUUAGUACAUGGUGUUUCGGGUGUGUUACGGUAUUUAUGUUUCAAUGUGCACUUGCCAUCGGCACUUAGCCGUCUAGGCCCCGUUACGCAUACAGACUGUUGAAAUCCGACACGUCUUCGGAUACUUUUCCACUGUUUCUAUUAUAGGCAGACAGGUAAGUUGGUUAGAUAAGUUGUUCUGUCACGGUGGUUAGCUUAGUUAGUUUGGUAGCUAGUUGUUCUGGCAGCUUAUUUAGUGACUAUUUGGGUUGUUUUCCAGGAUGUCGCAUGCUUCUGAUAUAGAGGAUUCAGCUUCGGUACUGGAGAAUGCCGCCGGAACAUCUGACCAAGCUAGCGUCCUCUCCCUGAGGACAUGGACUGUGCCCAAGCUAACGGCGGAGCUGGUGAAAAGGGGCAUUCCCUUCCCAGCUUCUGCAUGCAAGGCAGAGCUAUACAGGAUCCUCACUGCUGAGUCCGCGGGGCACAGCAGUGAAGACGACUCUAUGUCCACCAUACAGACAUCAGUAACUCAGUUGCAUGCUCUGAUUAAUAACCUCACCACAAAUAUGGCAGACAUGCAAAAUAGGAUGCAGGCCAUGGAGUCCAGAAAUACUGCAGGCACUUCUUCUCUGGUUCCACCUCCUACUGUGCCGCCACCACCGUUAGCCAGUAUUUCAGGUACGGCAUCAGCUGUUCCUAACAUAUCCCCAGCCCAUUUUAGACCAGCCCACAUCAGGAAGGAGACCUUAGAAGGCAGGGACGUUAAUCUGGCAUCUUUACUCAUAGCCACCCACGACCUAAACGAGAAUAAGACGAUAGCUUGCGGAGACGUGUCGGUGGUCUUAAAGUCUAAGGAUGCCAGAUUAAAUAGAAAGUUAUCCUUGUCCGAGUUUAUCAUGGCAUUUAGUAUUUUCCGCGACGUCAUCUGUUCCGCUAAACCAGAAAGAAGGGAGGAAUUAGAUCAAUACCUUUACAAAAUCACGGAGUUAUGUCAUAAGUUCGGGGGCCACUCGUUUUACCAGUACCAUAAAUCUUUUUCAGCCAAAGCCGCCACAGCCCUUAGCCAGUAUAAUUACUGUGUUAAUUGGGCCAUUGUUGACACCGAACUUUACUGUAAUCACUUCUCAGGGCUCAAACCCCCCGUAUGUGCUACUUGCCACUCUUCCUCCCACACAACUGAAUGGUGUGCCUCAGCCAACUAAGAGUCACCUCCCGACACGCCCAGCACAUCCAAAACUAUCCAGGUUAGAGGCCCCAAAACGUCUGGUCUCACGGACAAAUUGGGCAGACCCAUACAUUAUCUGGGAAAAUCUCAAAUCUGCAAUAAUUAUAAUUACACCAGUGCCGGUUACUACAUAUCUGUUCAGUUUGCUAUAGAGCCCACCCAAGACCACAUGCACGCUAAAAACAGAGAAAUCCUGACCAGCGGUAGAUUCGGACCUCUUGGGCCAUUUUCUGCAGGAUCACCCUGACCGUUCAUUUGUACAACACUUAGUCACAGGAUUCCAGACCGGUUUCCACGUCGGCUUUGUGACCCUGCCGCAGAUGACCUAUGAGUGUAAGAAUCUGGUCUCAGCGUUGUCAGAUCCCGAUGUAGUUGCCAGCCUGAUAUAGUCAGAAUUGGAUAAAGGCUUUAUUAUCGGUCCGUAUGUCACUUCACCUUAUGAUGUAUGGAGAAUUAGCCCUGUAGGAUUAGCGACGGGCAAGUUUAAUAAUAAAAAACGACUGAUUUAUGACUUGUCCACCCCCUAUUCUUCGGUAGUCCCAAGUCUUAAUGCACUUAUUCCUGCCGAGGAAUUCUCUCUCAAGUAUUCUUCUGUUGACGAGGCCAUUGCCGUCAUUCUCAGCAUGGGGCAGGGAGCCUGGUUAUCCAAGGCAGAUAUUUCGGAUGUCUUCAAGCUCCUCCCGAUCAUGCCCCAGCAGUGGAAGUGCCAUGGCAUACGUUGGCAGAACCUAUACUAUUUUGCCACUAAACUUACAUUUGGUUCACGCAGCAGUCCGUGGCUUUUUAAUCGCUUUGCUUCUGCCCUUCACUGGGUACUCGAGAACAGGUUUGAGUGCAGACACGUCAUUCAUUAUCUUGACGAUUUUUUGUUAAUCGAGUAUCCCAAUGCAUUUCCCAGGGACCUUCAGGUUCUCCGGGCAGUUUUUGAUCAGCUGCGAGUCCCCGUGUUGCCCGCCAAAACUGAAGGUCCGUCUAGAGUCUUAACCUUUCUUGGCAUCGAGCUCGAUUCUCAAAAAAUGGAGGCAAGACUUCCCGAAGCAAAGCUAGUUAGAAUUAGAGCCGCGAUACACAAACUUAGGAAUUCCCCUUGUAUCUCCAAAGUAGAGUUACAGACAAUCUUGGGGAUGCUUAAUUUCGCUAUGGGAAUAAUCCCCCAGGGUCGCACAUUUUUUCCCGCUUGCUGUCUCUGUUACCCACAGUUCCUCAGCAGAACAGUUUGCUGCGCCUAGAUCAACAAGGCCUGGCCGACCUGGCUAUGUGGGAGUUAUUCCUGGAUGAUUGGAAUAACAUCUCAUUCUUUAUACCCAGAGUAGGGAACCAGUCACCCAUGGUCUUCUCUGAUGCUGCCUCAUCGUCUGGCUUUGCGGCUAUCUGGGGCAGUCAUUGGUUCGCUGGUCCUUGGCCACCAGAGAUCACCCGCUUAGAGGGCUUCACUAGGAAUUCAGCAGCCUUUGAACUGUACCCAAUAGUCGCGGCAGCCCAGCUGUGGGGAUCAGCAUGGAACAGAUCCACGGUUUUAUUUGUUUCCGACAAUGCCGCUACGAUAGACAUCUUGUUGAAGGGUAGGUCCAGAUGCCCCAUGAUCAUGGCUUUGGCCAGGCGGCUAGUGUGGUUGUCCCUACAGCAUGUAUUUAAUUUCUCAUGUGCGCACAUUAGCGGAGUUCAGAACAUUGCAGCAGAUGCCUUAUCCAGGAAUAACUUGUCACGUUUCUUUCAGGUGAUGCCAGAUGCAGACAGUACAGGGGCACAAGUCCCUCCUUUCCAUUUGCUUCUCAUGAACUGAACCAUCACCUUCGGAUGGCUAAAUGUUUGGUCAGUGACUCCUUAUCCACUAACACACGUAGAAUAUAUGACACAGCAUGGAAGUUGUUUUCAAAAUUCAGGUCCAGUUACCCAGAGGGUGAUAAGGUGUCAGUGCCCUUCUUGCUCGCAUAUAUUGGGUUUUGCCACACUUCACUCCAUCAAUCGCAUAAUACCAUAAAGAGUUAUUUAGCCGGUAUCCAACAUCAUUUAUCCUUGACAGACUCCCAUAGUUAUUCCAUAUUUUCUUCCCGGUUGGUAAAGUCCGCACUAAAAGGCAUCAUUAAGAACGAAGCCCCUCGUAGCCCGGUCAGACAACCCAUAACGGGCGAUCUCUUCAGGAAGCUGUCGGACCUGCUAGAUUCCUCUCCUUUGGGUUUCCAUGAUAGCCUCACGUUGAAAGCAGCAAUGUAUCUUGCUUACUAUGGGUUUCUCAGACUGGGUGAGUGCACUGCCAGGUCCAUUAAUGCACCCUUUCUUAAGGUUAAGCAACUCUUGUAUGUUUCUGAUCAUUUUUAAUUAUCCCUUAGUCACACUAAGACUUCUCUGCCGGGCCAAACUGUGUUAGUCCGUUUCUUCCCUACUGCACACAAAUGGUGCCCAGUCCUUCAUGAUUUAUUGAAUGCCUGUGUUAAUCUGUCCGCUGACGAUCCUUUGUUACGUUUCAGAUCCAACCCGUUAACCUCUUCUGUCUUUAUCAAAAAUCUACGCAUUUUGUUUAGGUCACUGGGAGGAGAUCCAGCCUCGCUAUCCGGUCAUUCCUUCCGUAUUGGCGCCGCCACAGCUGCUUCGAAAAACGGAGUUCCGGCUCACGUCAUCAAGAGUUUAGGACAUUGGAAGUCCGCUUGUUAUAUGCAAUAUAUUCCUAACCCUCGCAAAGAGAUGGCGAACGCCUUUCAAUCCUUGGUCUUGUAAUUUGAAAUAAAACAAAUGUUUUGUUUAAAUCCGGGUUUUGCCCUCUUUUUCAGGCAUACUCUUUACACCGCAGUUA